UCAACGUAAUAUCUUGUCCCAUACUUUUCAAAUAUUUUUUUUCAUAAUUUCCAGCAAAUAAUUUAUGUAGCCAUAUUUAUACAUCUGUACCUACUGUAACAAACCAAUAUAACUUCAGUCAAUGGAACAAAGGAAAUAAAUAUAUCAAAAAUCUCAAACUUUGGAAAUCCUGUAUAUGAACAUGUGUCAUCUGUUAUUUGACAACUGCUAAAGUAUUGAAAAAUGUUUUUUCUGAUACAGUUAAUAAUUGUAUUUCAAGUAGCUUCUGCGACCGAUUACUGCAAAAUAUGUGAAAAUGGGACCCACACUAUGUGCCUGUUCAAUGAGGGGCCAGGGCCAAAUUGCUUAGAUUACAAAAAAAUAGAAAUAACUGAUCAAAUGAAAAAAUCCAUUGUCGAUAUUCACAACGACAUCCGCAAUCAUGUCGCAUCUGGACGAGAAACGAGAGGAAGAUUGGGUGGCCAACCACCAGCAGCUGAUAUGUCUCAAUUGGUGUGGGAUGAGGAGUUAUCUCUAAUGGCACAAAGAUGGGCCGAUCAAUGUGUCAAUAUAAACGCUACGUUCCAACACGAUUUUUGUAGAAAAACAGAUCGAUUUGAUGUUGGUCAAAACAUACUAACCGCUGUCACUAUCAACUCCAACCUGCCUGAAAUAGCUAAUUUAAUUUUGAGUUGGUAUAAGCAAGUUUCAGAUGUGAUUCCAAGCGACAUAAAGUAUUUCUCUGGGAUACGACGGGGUCAAUUAGUGAUUGGACAAUAUACCCAACUGGUUUGGGCAAAAACUGAAUACGUUGGUUGCGCAUUAUCCGUAUUCAAAGAAUCAAAAAAUAAUAAGGUUUAUAAUCAUCGUUUUAUUUGCAAUUAUGGUCCUGCCGGCAAUGUUAUAGGGGCUCCCAUCUACCAAAUCGGACGUCCUUGUUCUAAAUGCCCAUCAAAAGAAUGUGAUAUUAUUAGAAGCAGUCUUUGUCGAGGUUCAGAUGAAAUGUCGGCUAUGUCAUCUGAAAUUCCCUUCAACUUCACUCUGGAGGAUUCUCUGUUGAUGAAAAAUUAUCAUUCUAUUUGCUUCAUUCUUCCUGAUGAGAGUUCUCAAGCCACAAUGUUCAAAUGUAAACAUUUGUUAAAUGAUCUAGUAAUUAAUCAACAAGAGAGUGAACGUUCAACACAUCCUCUAUCAAAAGUAUUAAAGAGAAUAAAAAAGCUUGAUAAACCUUCAAACAGAAAUAAUCCUUUGGGAGAAAUAAAUCAUGAUGUGAAUGUAAUUAAUUUAAUUCAAAGAAUCAAAGGUACCUCAAAAGAUGAAGUUUCAAAUUUGAUCUCAGAUGAAGAUUUGGACAAUGAAUCUAGAAGAGGAAAGGAGGAAUGUUUCAAAUAUUUUGGAAUUAUCCAAAAUAAAGAUUAUACAUUCAAACAAAGUAAGAAUCAACCAAUUUUUUUGGGGAAUGAGGUCGUUUUUCCUAACAAAGUUCGCUUUAGAAAAGAAAAAGGAAAAUGGAAAGAUGGGCACUGUAGAUGUAACAGAAUUUACCGUUCAUCAUGUAAUUUGUACAAACCAAAACCAAUGUUAAUAAUUCUGAUGGUAAUUUUCAUGUAUACCUUAGAAUUAUGUUCAAUAAAUUUAUAUCAAUGAA